GCCACGACAAAAGCGUGGGGCAGUAGGUGGGAGGGGUCACGCCCGAGGCCGCAGCAAAAAGGACAGCCGAGUAACUCAGUGGCAGAGCUGGAGCGAGGCACGGCGCGGGGCUUUGUGUGGCGCGGGUUUCCUAGCCCAGCAACCGUGCUGAUUGGCAGCAAGACGCUCUGAGGUGUUCAAGAGAAGGGGACGUACUCUCCUCAGACCCCACCGCCGAGGCUCGCGGGCAUCUUCCCGGAGACUGCUCCGCAAGCUCGAGAGAGCUGGGGCGUGGCGCCAAGACUUUCAAAAACCCCGCACAAGCCGAGAGCAGAAUGUGUCGCUUGCUUCUUGCGCGCAAGCGGAGUCGCGCCCGCCUUCCUCAGCCCGGGCGCACCGUCCGCUUUCGUCUCUAGCGCCCUCCCGGGCCCCGGGAGAACAAUGCCAGUCCUCUCCGCGCGCAGGAAGAGGCUGGCGAGCACGGCCGGGCCGCGGCGGCGGAAUGCAUCACUGUAAGCGAUACCGUUCCCCAGAGCCAGACCCAUACCUGAGCUACCGCUGGAAGAGGAGGCGGUCUUACAGUCGGGAGCAUGAAGGUCGACUACGAUACCCAUCCCGAAGGGAGCCUCCCCCAAGGAGAUCACGGUCCAGAAGCCAUGACCGCCUACCCUACCCUCGGAGAUACCGGGAACACCGUGACAGCGAUACGUAUAGGUGUGAAGAGCGGAGCCCAUCCUUUGGAGAGGACUGCUAUGGGUCUUCACGUUCUCGACAUCGGAGACGGUCACGAGAGAGAGGGCCAUACCGUACCCGCAAGCAUGCCCACCACUGUCACAAACGCCGUACCAGGUCUUGUAGCAGCGCCUCCUCGAGAAGCCAACAGAGCAGUAAGCGCAGCAGCCGGAGUGUGGAAGAUGACAAGGAGGGCCACCUGGUGUGCCGGAUCGGCGAUUGGCUCCAAGAGCGAUAUGAGAUCGUGGGGAACCUGGGUGAAGGCACCUUUGGCAAGGUGGUGGAGUGCUUGGACCAUGCCAGAGGGAAGUCACAGGUUGCCCUGAAGAUCAUCCGUAAUGUGGGCAAGUACCGGGAAGCUGCCCGUCUAGAAAUUAAUGUUCUCAAGAAAAUCAAGGAGAAGGACAAAGAGAAUAAGUUCCUGUGUGUCCUGAUGUCUGACUGGUUCAACUUCCAUGGUCAUAUGUGCAUCGCCUUUGAGCUCCUGGGCAAGAACACCUUUGAGUUCCUGAAGGAGAACAACUUCCAGCCUUACCCCCUACCACAUGUCCGGCACAUGGCCUACCAGCUCUGCCAUGCUCUUAGAUUUCUACAUGAGAACCAGCUGACCCACACAGACUUGAAGCCAGAGAACAUCUUGUUUGUGAAUUCUGAGUUUGAAACCCUCUACAAUGAGCACAAGAGCUGCGAGGAGAAGUCAGUGAAGAAUACCAGCAUCCGAGUGGCAGACUUUGGCAGUGCCACAUUUGACCAUGAACAUCACACCACCAUUGUGGCCACCCGUCACUAUCGCCCACCUGAGGUGAUCCUUGAGCUGGGCUGGGCACAGCCCUGUGAUGUCUGGAGUAUCGGCUGCAUUCUCUUCGAGUACUACCGUGGCUUUACACUCUUCCAGACCCAUGAAAACAGAGAACACUUGGUUAUGAUGGAGAAGAUCCUAGGGCCCAUCCCAUCACACAUGAUUCACCGUACCAGGAAGCAGAAAUAUUUCUACAAAGGGGGCCUGGUUUGGGAUGAAAACAGCUCUGAUGGGCGGUAUGUGAAGGAGAACUGCAAACCUCUGAAGAGUUACAUGCUCCAGGACUCCCUGGAGCAUGUGCAGCUGUUUGACCUGAUGAGGAGGAUGUUAGAGUUCGACCCUGCUCAGCGCAUCACACUGGCAGAAGCCUUGCUGCAUCCCUUCUUUGCUGGCCUGACCCCCGAGGAGCGGUCCUUCCACAGCAGCCGUAACCCCAGCAGAUGACAGGUGCAGGCCAGCACACAAGGAGUUGGAGAGCUGGACUGGGCUGCUGGCCCCUUUUCUCCAGCCUCUCCCACUGGCCUCAGAGCCAGAGCCACCGAUGAACAGUGCAAUGUGAAGGAAGGCAGGAGCCUGCAAGGGACGGGGGGAUGUGGUGCCCAGCUGCCAGAAAGCACAGAUUGGACCCAAGCUAUUUAUAUGUUGUAAAGUUAUAAUAAAGUGUUUCUUACUGUUUGUAA